AGAGAGAGAGAGGUUUUAAUAUGGCGGGUUUUGUAGUUGAUGUCAAAGAAGUAAUGCUUGUAACUCCAGAAAGCCCGACUCCGAAACACAUUCUCAAAUUAUCUUCUUUGGAUUCUCAGCUCUUUCUCAGAUUCACCAUUGAGUAUUUAUUCAUUUAUCCUCCUCAUCCUAACCAAGAUCGUGGAACGGUUGUGGAGCAGAUGAAGGCAGGACUCGCACGAGCGUUGGUUCCGUACUACCCGUUCUCGGGUCGGGUGAGACAACGGUCUGAUGGAUUGGGUCUUGAGGUAGUGUGUCAUGCCCAAGGUGCUGUUUUCAUUGAAGCGGAGUCGAAUGCAUCUGUUUGCGAGUUUGAGCGAGCCCCACGUCGUCGAAAUCAGUGGAGGAAAUUGCUGGCCAUACACGUGGAGGAUGUUUUAGCUGGUCCAGCUCUCAUUGUACAGCUGACAUGGCUUGCUGAUGGAGCUGCGGCUCUUGCUGUGGGAAUCAGUCAUUGUAUUUGUGAUGGAAUUGGGAGUGGUGAGUUCCUUAAUUCGUGGGCUGAGUUGGCAACUGGACAGCGUGGACUCGAUGAACUACAACCAGAACCUGUCUGGGACCGACAUCUUCUCGAACCUAUGCAGGCCCCACAUAACUUGAUUCCUCACCCCGAGUUUGAACGAGUUCAAGAUCAGUGCCGUUUCUCAACUCGUCUCACAAAAGAACCACUCGUCCCGACUGCUAUUUGCUUCGAUCGUCGACACCUGGUUGAGCUUAAAAAACUCGCUUCAGCAAGUGAAGACGAGUGGGUCGACUCAGUAGGAAUCCCGAGUCGAGUCAGUGAUUUCCCAUACACGUCAUUCGAAGUGUUAUCUGCACAUGUUUGGAGGUGUUGGGUGAGAGCGAUGGAACUGCCAGAGAGGCAGACGGUGCGGUUGCUUUUCAGCAUCGAUAUCCGAAGAAGGGUGGAGCCAGGACUCCCGGAAGGGUAUUAUGGGAAUGGAUUUGUGCUGGGUUGCGCACAAGCGACUGUAAAAGAACUCGACGAGAACGGGUUGGGGUGGGCUGCUGGGCUGGUGAGGAGUGCGAAGGAACGGGUUGGGGAUGAGUAUGUGAGAUCGGUGGUUGAGAUGGUGAGUGAGUCAAGAGCGAGUCCUGACUUAGUGGGUGUGUUGAUCUUGUCACAGUGGUCAAGGUUGGGAUUGGAGAGAGUGGAUUUUGGGCUGGGGAAGCCUUUGCAUGUGGGGCCCAUCUGUUGUGAUAUAUAUUGCUUGUUUUUGCCAGUUUACAAGCAAAGGGAUGCAGUGAAGGUGAUGUUAGCUGUACCCAAGAGUGGGAUUUCUAAGUAUGAGUAUUGGCUUAGGAAUCCUUAAGGGUGUGUUUGGUUGCACUAAAUAUCAUGAUAUUUGGUGCGGCCAAACACAUCCUAAAAGAGAAUUCUGAAUUUUUUUUUUUUUUUUUUGGAUCGAGGUCUUAUGUGAUGUUUGGAUAUGGAUUGGUAGAUUUAUUUUAUUAA